GCGGUUCUGGCUACCCUCUGAGCUGCGGGAAUGGAGGCGUCGCGCUGCCGACUCGGACACCGCGGGGACAGCGCUUUUGAAGAUGAGACCAUGAGGCUUCGACAGCUGAAACUUGAUAAUCAGAGAGCACUGCUGGAGAAGAAGCAGAGGAAAAAGCGCCUUGAGCCACUCAUGGUGCAACCAAAUCCGGAAGCCAGGAUACGUCGGUCAAAGCCAAGAGGUAGUGAGGAGCACACUCCUUUGGUGGAACCUCGUACCCCUCACAACAAUGUCAUCCUACAGGGCAUUGAUGGUCCAGCUGCUUUCCUGAAGCCAGAUGCUCAGGAUUCAGAAACCAAACUUCAUGUUCUCUCAGUCGGCUCUUCUGCUACAGAAGAGGAUACUGAAGGAAGUGUUGAUGGGGAAAGCACUUUGGAUACUGCAUCCAAGCCAGAUCUUCAGGAAAUUCUCCAAAAACAUGGUAUCUCAGGUAGUUUGAACUUUGAUGAGGAGGAGACUGAUGGGGAGGAAGAAGGAAAAAAAUUAAUGUCUCAUUCACCAUAUUCAGCGGCAGAGAGACCCGAUUCUGCAUCCAGCCAGAAAUCAGCCACAGACACAGGAGCUUCUGGUACUUCAGCCCAACACACUGAUAACCAGCUGGGAGAAGUAGAGAAUUUAGAGGACUUUGCUUAUAGUCCUGCCCCUCGAGGGGUCACAGUCAAGUGUCGGAUAACAAGGGAUAAAAAAGGAAUGGAUCGGGGUCUCUUCCCCACUUACUAUAUGCACUUGGAGAAGGAUGAAAAUCGGAAGAUAUUUCUUCUUGCUGGCAGAAAACGAAAAAAGAGCAAAACAUCCAACUACCUUAUCUCCACUGAUCCAACAGAUUUAUCUCGUGAAGGAGAAAGUUAUAUUGGCAAACUCCGAUCCAACCUCAUGGGGACCAAGUUUACAGUUUAUGACCAUGGUGUCAGCCCAGUCAAGGCCCAAGGUCUGGUAGAAAAGGCCCAUACCCGGCAGGAGCUGGCAGCCAUCUGUUACGAAACAAAUGUAUUUGGAUUUAAAGGUCCUAGGAAAAUGUCUGUGAUCAUUCCAGGGAUGAAUAUGAACCAUGAACGGAUUCCAUUUCGGCCACGAAAUGACCAUGAGAGCUUGCUUUCAAAAUGGCAAAACAAAACCAUGGAGAACUUGAUUGAGCUGCACAACAAGGCCCCAGUCUGGAAUGAUGAUACUCAGUCCUACGUGCUGAACUUCCAUGGCCGGGUCACUCAGGCAUCUGUGAAGAACUUUCAGAUAGUCCACGAAAAUGACUCUGAUUAUAUCGUCAUGCAGUUUGGACGUGUGGCAGACGAUGUGUUCACUCUGGACUACAACUACCCGCUGUGUGCACUUCAGGCCUUCGCCAUUGGGCUUUCUAGCUUUGACAGCAAGCUAGCGUGUGAAUGAGACAGAGAGCACGUACAGAGCUGGACUUUCUCACUACAGUAGAGCUUUCGGGAGCAGAUAGUUGCCUCCCUUGCUCUUCUUGGCCUAGGACAUAAAGAGAGAUAGUCUGCCCCUUUUGGAAUAAUCCCUGAAUGUACGUAUGUAUAUGUGUCUAUACAUAUAUGUAUGUGCAUGUAUACAAAUGUACACACACGUAUAUGUACACACGGGCACACACGCACGCGCACACACACACACACUUCUCUGCCUUUCACAGACCUGGUCAAGGAGUACAGUUUAACAUAAGUGAGAAAUUAUUCAAAGCAUAGGAAGGCUCUUGUCCAGAGCACAUUGGUGACUCCUGAGGUUUUUGCCCAUAACAGAUUCUGUGCCUCAAGAGCCAGAUUUCCUAUGCUUGGAAACUUACAGCUGGAACCAGGUACUAAUAAUUAAAUACUUGGGUCUCUUUUGAAGACCUUUUCAGAGAGGGACAGCUCCCUAAAUCGACUUGAGUCUCUAGGUCUGCAAACAUUUUCUGUAAACGGCCAGAUCCUGUCUCUGUAAGUGCAAAAGCAGCCAUAGCCUAUCCAUACACAAGUGAGUGUGGCCAUGCUCCAGUGAAACCAGGCAGCGGCCAGAUUUGGCCUGUGGGCUGUAAUUUGCUAACCUCUGCUUCAGGUAUAUCUCUAUUCUCUCUGGACUUGGGCAUUUCCAAAAUGGGCUUAUAAUCAUGAGAUGAUGAGUGGGAAAUGGCUACCUCUAAGAAGCAAUAGCCCUACAGGUUGGAUCCAAAGAGGCACUUGGCUGCAUUCACUGUUAUGAAGCAUUACCUUGUUUUGGUGACAGUGGUUCCUAUGGUAUCAUUUACGGUCAGAACUGGGAAACCCAAAGUCCGUGAUCAUUUUGAGUCCACACAGGUGGCUUAAUUUUGCUAUCCUACCCAGCACACCCAUGGAAAAAGGCCAUGUCAGCCACUUGACCUACCCUGAGAGAAGAACUAAUGCACACUAGGAAACAAAUCUCGAAUUGUAUUGUCUUUAUCACAGGAAGUGUGGUAUUUGUUUCUUAGAGUUAGUUUAUAGUCCCCAUGGUGCUUGGAGGUACUGAUGCUCCAGUCCCCCUUUUUCCUUUCUUCCCUCAGAGCAGAUUGGUUGGCACCAAUCUCAGUCAAAGUGGCUGUGGCCAAAUUUGUGAUCAGUGAUGUGAGAAUUAUGUGGCUAUGGCCAAAUUUGUGACCAGUAAUGUGAAAAUUUUAUAUAGUUGUCUUAAUUUCAGUUUAGACUGAAAUCAUAAACCUAAGAGGUGACUUAGUCUAGUUAAGACUGAGAGUAAUUUGACAGUUGCCUUCACUUUCAACCCAGGAGUGCCUCCCAUAACUGUGUUAAAAUGGAGCCAUUAGUAUAGAGGGAUACACAUACCUGUAGACCGUGUAAGAAGUAAGAGAUCAUGUAUCAAAACUUUCAUUAUCAUUAUCAAGAGAGAUGAUAGGAGAGGCUCGGUGAGGACUAACCAGCUGAUUGUGAGCUCUGCAAACCUUGUUGGGCAGAACUUCGGGCCUUUCUUCUUGACAUACUGUCAGCUCCCUGAAGCCUGGUUCAUUGGUACAGAUCAAGCUCCUGUCACUCUUCCUCACAAAUCAUGAGUUUUGCUAAGUCAUUCAGAUUAUUAGCAGCUCCCAACAAAACAUGACUCUGCUACCAGCCCAGCAGUCUGAGUGUAUCUGAAUCUUGAGAAUCCAGUAACUCUGUGAGUUCUGCAUUCAGCGUUGCUCAACUCCCAAACCUUCCUUUGUGCAUUCAGCCACUUGUCAGCAGGGGGCAAGGAAUCAGUGGCUGUUGCUCCAUUCUGUUUCCCUUCUGUGGACUUCCUUUUUGUCUUUGCUUCCUGUUGUCCCGUGCUCCACAUCAAAUCGAAGUGUGAAAGAAGGUCUGGGAGAUGAAAAGACCCUUGGCUCCUCCCCCACUAGCAAGUCCUACCUGCUGUGUUUUGACAAAAUUGGUAUCCAUCUCAGGCAUACCUGCGUCCCAUCAAGUGCCUCCUUCAUAGAAGUGCCCGAAGCCCUUCAGACCUCUGGCACUACCUUCCUCACGUACUGUCAAAUGAGCUGCCCUCCUUGAAAACAGAGCUGUUCACUUAUCUCAGGUUGCGGUAAUUGACAACAUCUGGAGAAGGGAGUCUCAUGGCCUGACCAGAUCCAACCCUGCUUCCUGCUUGCUCUGGCUGAGACAUUUAUACCCCAGCUUCAUGUACUGCUGCUUGAAUGUGCAGGUGAUUGGUUUUACAUAAGUCAUAUUUAUACCUUUUGUAUGCUAUAGAAAUAAAAAAUAAUUUAUAUAAAAA